GUAUGCGGCCCAACAGGUUUGUGAUGUGACGUUUCUCUGGGAAAACACCACAGCCCUCGGUGGCCUGACGGUUUCAACACAAAACGCAGCAUAAGGAAGUCUGAGUAAUGGUGGGGCCUCCGUGUUUCUGAGAAUCUAAAAGAAUAAGUGGCGUUUCUCCCGGAAAGCUUUGACAGACGGGGCAACCUGCAGCCAACAGUUUCUGCUUCAAUGGCAGCCGUGUCAGCUGUGUGGAUUCCCAUGCUGUCCCUGCUGCAGCUGACCCACUGCUCCAUCCUCCACAGACAAGCUCCAGGUAAAAGCACACCUCUCCGUGUUAGUAGACUGACUCCCCGCUCCUUCCUGUCCCGCUCGCUGCUCUACAACCACUUGGACUUUGAGUUGGUGGUGCCUGGCAACCUGGAGAGGGAGUGUGUGGAGGAGGCAUGCAACUAUGAGGAGGCCAGAGAGGUGUUCAGGACGCGCGCAAAGCGCGGGCAGCGCUGCUAUAGUCAAUUAUUUUGGAGCACCUAUACCAACAAUCACGCGCCUACACGCGGGCUGGAUGUGUCCGGCCUGGUGGCGGGGAUCGUGGCUGUCGUGGUGACUGGUGUUAUUGUCACUGUGCUGGGAGUCUACUGCUACAAAUCCAAGAACAAAGGUGGACGCAGGCCAGCCCGAGCUCCGGUGAUGAUGGCAGCAGACGGGGGUCCAUCAGCCCCGGAGAGCGUGCCCCUGGCUGGGAUCAUCGCCCCUGCCCUACCCAGCUACAACGAGGCUCUGAACCGCUCCGGGCAGCACGACGCCCCCCCACCUCCUUAUUCAGGGGGCGCGCCAUCAGAAGCCACCGCUCCCGCAGACAACCAAUGAGAGGCUUGCAUGGGCCUCUUCAUUCUGGUGAUGGGCAGGAUGGUUUGAGUGAACUUUUUGGAAUAUCGCAUGUUUUUGAUAUACUGUAUUUAUUAGUGAAGUGAUGACACAAUCUCAGAAUGGACAGCGCUGACAGUAGGGUCCGCAUAUCGUCUGUCCACUACACAUGAUGCUCUUGCAGUUCGUUUCUCAGGUUGCUCUGUACACACUCUGUUGUGUUUGUAAGGCAGCAAGCAAAAGACAAUUUCAUUCAUAGAGAAUAUUUGUUGUUCAAGAAAACCCAGACAUGUUUUCAAUAAAUGACAUAACAAUAA